UAUCAUUACUAUUUUUUUUUUCCUUUGGGUGAUUUUUGCCUUUUUAAAAUUCUUUUCCUAACUAACCAUUUGUCACAUUCUUUGCCAUAACCAGGGAGACCAAAUUCAUGCGGUUUGUAAGCGAGACCAAAUCAAGUCUUGGAAGUCGAUCUUGAAAGAGAAUUGUACUUAUAUGAUGCACAAUUUUAAAGUUGUCAAGAAUGAUGGUUAAUACAAAGUUUGUUUACACCCGUAUAAAUUAGUGUUUACUGGAGUAACUGUUCUUAGACAAAUUUAUUUGGGUGACGUGCCUUUAAGAAUGCAUAAUUUCGUUCAAUUUAACGAUAUCAUUUCUGGUGACUUUCAGCAUGGCCUGUUGGUAGGUUAGUGUAGAUCCCAUCUUGCCUCUCAUUUUAACAAACCUUAUUACAAACAUUGCAACCAUCUUUUUAUAACAUGUUUCCAUAUUUUAUUCUUCAUUAGACAUUAUUGGUGUCGUUGAUGAGGUCGUCUACCAACAAGUUUCAUCGAAGAGUAUGAGGGUUGCUUUUAAAUUGAAGAAUUUGAGGUUGUGUCAUUCAUUUUUUUCCUUCACUUUAAAUUGUUGUUGUGUGUAUGUUUACAAACUAUAUAGUAUAUCAUUGACCAACAUUUUUUAAUCAUCUUUGUAAUGUUAAAUCCAUCUUUGAUUAUAUAGUGAUGUUUAAAGUUUCAUUUGUUUAUCAUAGUGGCUAAUUGCUAUCGUGCACUCUCUAGGAAGAUUAUUGCUUGCAGUUCUUGGAGUACUUAAAUGAGUGUGAAAGUCAGGGACCAAUAAUUAUUCUGUUGACCCACGCUAGAAUUAAAGAAGCCCAGGGUAGUGAGUCAUGUGCAAUUUGUCCAUUAUUCUGCUGCUUAAAUGCCAUAUUAUGUUCCUCUUCUACCAUUUGUAGGACCCUACCCACCAACCAUAAGUAACUCUUUAAAAGCUUCAAAAUUACAUAUAAAUUAACCAAUCCCUCAAAUCCAAGAAUUCAAACAAAGGUAUUGUGGUUUAAGGUUCCCUUGGUUUGAUUAUCUUUGUCAUAGUCUUUCAUCUGAAUUCUUUAUGUCUAGGCUUACCGAAUUAGGCAUUGAGGCCCACUCAGUUAUGACACCUCACAGUCAAACAAGUUCACAACUUUCAGGUUCUAGCCAAUUGUCAGCAAAGGAUGCAUUUUUUUUUAUAAAGUUGAGGCAAAGAUCCUUUCUGAGAUUAACAACAUGUUAGAGGUACUGGGCUUAUUUAUCCUUUCUAUAAUUCAUCACACCAGCCACUUACUCAUCAGUCUAAUUACCAUGUUGUUUUGGGCAGGAAAUUGUUUGUGUAAUAGUUGAGACCAUUACCAAAAUUGUCAUGGAAAAUCAUUCAUUGUGUUAUGCAGCUUGCAUCCAUUGUUACAAGAAAACUGAUGUAGACACUGCUCCCUUCACAUGUGCAUGUGGCAAAUAUAAUCAGCAAGUUGUGCUUAGGUCAUUAAUAGCCUAUUUUUGCUUUACAUUUCCUUAAUUUGCAUUUCAACUUAAGACUAUUAUUUAUGUUUCCAGGUAUAGACUUGAGGUCAUGGUUAACCACAAGGAGGAAUGCACGAAAUUCUUGCUUUGGGACCAUGAAUGCACUAAGCUAAUUGGUCAAUCAGCUGACGAAGUUAAUAGGUUAAAGAUAGCAGAUGGUGAUGUUGAUUUGAAUGUUUCACCCGAAGUGCUUGAUAAGCUCUUGGGAUAUUCACUUGUGUUUAAAGUUAAGGUUCAGCCAAAGUUCAAGAAUUUUGUUGUUCUAAAAUACUCAUCUGACUUAGAUUUGAUUAAGACCAUAGUAGACUUACUACCUGAUGCUGAGGUACUAUUUUGUGACCCAUAUUUCAGCACUCAUUGGGAUACCCAUAUAUUGUACCUAUGCUUAUUAUCUGUUCCCAUAUAUAUGAUUCAGGCAUCUUACAAGACCGAUAUUCCACUCCCUGAUUACAAUGAUCCUCCCAACUAUGAGACUAUGAGUGCAAAAUUUGAUGUUCCAAUUUUUACCUCAUAUUUGUAGACAUUGUGACAUUUUCCACAUGCACCAAUGGCAACUUUGAAUGCAAUUGAUUAAUUGAUCCAUCUUUUAUCCUCCCUAUCUGCAACAGCAGAUCAUGAUCUGCUUCUCAGAUCCCCCAUUACACCAACGAAGCGACCAACACCUCAGGGAUGUGACGAUGAAGCACUAAGUUCCCAGAUUUCACCUAUUCAAUAUUCAUCUAACAAAUUAGGAAAACAUACUAAAAUUGAAUGAAGGUGGUUACUUGCAAGAUGUCCAUACACUCUCUAAGGAGCCUCUUUUUUGUGUUGUAUACCUGUCUAUCGUUCAUAAAACCUUAUCAUGUAAAUACUUUUUUGUGUACUAUACCUGCCUAUCGUUCAUGAAACCUUAUCAUAUUUUUCCUUUGUGAAUGUGGGAUAUAUGGAUUACUUCUUAUUCUACAUGUAAAUUACUAUGUGACUGUUAUGCAAUUUAAAUUGUAUUUUGGAUGCCUUAUCAAGUAAAUUCCAGGAGUUCAUCACCAAA